AACACUUCUGAUACCUCAUAUAUAUGGUACAAGCGUACAGAAUCCGCCGCCCGAUAUGUCAUCCUCAAAAGAUGUUGCACAGCUGAAGAGCAAGUUCGAGAAGGAACUUGGUGAAGGUCCUUGGGACGAGACCUGGGAAAGCAUUGCGAAGCUGAGCCCGGAACUCUUCGAUGCCAGCGUGAACCUCAUUGCUGUACCUCGAAAGAAGAGACAUUUAUCCCCAAAGAUUCAACAGCUCAUGUCAAUAGCAGUGGAUGCUUCUUCAACCCAUCUAUUCUUGCCGGGAAUCCAGCAACACAUCAAGGCUGCCUUGGCUGAAGGCGCCUCGGCCGCUGAAAUCAUUGAAGUGAUCGAACUUACCGGAACACUUGGGAUACACGCCUGCAAUAUCGGCGUACCCUUGCUGGUGGAGGUCAUGAAGGAGGAAGGAAUCUACGACUCGCAUCCGACCGCGGCAAAACCAUAUGAUCCUGAACGCGAGAAGUUGAAGGCCGAAUUUACAAAGAAUAGAGGCUACUGGCAUACCUUCUGGGAGGACUUCCUGGCUCUGGAUCCAGAGUUCUUCAAGGCCUACCUGGACUUCUCAUCGGUCCCGUGGCUGAAAGACGUGGAUGGCUCAGGUAAAGGGGGUGGUGUGUUGGAGCCAAAGGUCAAAGAAUUGGUUUAUUGUGCUUUCGACGCUGCAAGUACCCACCUUUACGUUCCAGGACUGAAGCUUCACAUGAAGAAUGUCCUAGGCUAUGGAGGAACCCCGGAAGAAAUUAUGGAAGUGCUCGAGAUUGCGACACAACUCAGUCUGCACACCUCCAACGUGGCGGCACCAAUACUAGCAAAGGAACUGGGGAUGUAAUUCACGUUCCCCCUUCAGCGACGUCCCCUC